AUGGCCCGCGUGUAUGUUGGCAACUUGGAUGCACGUGUGACUUCUGGGGAACUCGAAGAUGAGUUCCGUGUAUUUGGAGUUCUGCGAAGUGUUUGGGUCGCACGUAAACCACCUGGCUUUGCAUUUAUUGAUUUUGAUGACAGGAGGGAUGCAGAGGAUGCUGUUCGUGAUCUAGAUGGUAAGAAUGGAUGGAGAGUUGAGCUAUCUCGUAAUUCCAGUGGUCGUGGUGGUCGUGAUCGGUAUGGUGGAUCUGAGUCGAAGUGCUAUGAAUGUGGUGAGACUGGGCACUUUGCACGUGAAUGUCGUCUGCGCAUUGGUUCUGGAGGUCUAGGCAGUGGAAGACGUCGCAGCAGGAGCAGGAGCAGGAGCCGCAGCCGAAGCCCUAGAUACCGCAGGAGUCCAAGCUAUAGUAGAAGAGGUAAUGAUGGCUGGUACUGGUGUAGCAGGAGCUAG